AUGUAUAAGAACGUCUUAUUAGUUGGCGCGUCUGGUGAUGUUGGUAAAAGUCUUUUACCUGAUUUACUUGCUGAUCCUCAUUUUCAAGUUACUAUACUUUCACGUACUGAUUCAUCAGUAAAUUUUGCAUCGAACAUCAAUGUUAUUAGAGUUAAUUAUUCUGAUAAAUUAGCUUUAAUUCAAGCAUUAACUGGCCAAGAUAUUGUCAUAUCUACUGUUGGUGGUGAAGCUUUAAUGAAAAAUUUUGAUAAAACUUUGAUUGAAGCUUCUCUUGAAGCAGGUGUCAAAUGGUUUCUUCCAUCUGAAUAUGGUUUUGAUCUUGAUGAUCCUGCUGCUUCUUCUACUCCAAUUAAUAUUCCACUACUCGAAAAUAUUGAAUUACUCAAACAAAAUCAAUCGCGUAUGGCAUAUACAUUUAUUUCUACGGGUGCUUUUCUGGAUUGGGGUCUUGAUAAUGGCUUUUUAGGCUUCGAUAUUCCUAAUCGUGCAGUAACAUUAUACGAUGAUGGUAAACAUUUAGUAUCAGGUACACUUUUGAAGAAUCUUGGUAAAGCAGUUGUGGCUAUUCUUCAUCAUCCUGAACUCACUUUAAAUCAACGUAUUUGCCUCGCUGACACAACAUUUACACAAGAAGAAGUUUUAAAUCUCUUAAAAAAAUAUACAGAUAAUAAAUGGACAGUAAAACAUAUUACUACGGAAGAAGUAUUGAAACAAGCACAAGAAGAUUGGGAAAAAGAUAAUUGGAUGGAUGCUUAUAUUGCAUUUGUUUUAGCAUAUGCCUAUAAUGGUAAAGGUAUGUGCAAUUUUGAGAAAAAAACAAGUAAUAAAGCUUUGGGAUUAGAAAGUAUCACAUUGGAACAAGUUGUCAAAGAAGCUGUUCAACCAAAAGAAACUAAUGCUUAG